CAAAUGUCAAAGGUCACAAUCAGCAUGGCGAACUCAGUGAACAUAUCUCUAGAAUUCAGUGGAGGCGCCGAGUUGUUGUUUGACAUGGUGAAGAGACAUGACGUCACACUGCCAGAGAACAGCCAGCCUUGGACCAUCAAGUCACUUCUGGUGUGGAUCAGAGACAAUCUGCUGAAGGAGAGACCAGAGCUGUUUGUACAGGGAGAUACUGUGAGACCGGGGAUCUUGGUUCUAGUCAAUGAUGUGGAUUGGGAACUCAUGGGAGAACUGGAGUAUCAGUUGGAGGAAAACGACAGAAUAGUUUUCAUCUCAACCUUACACGGAGGCUGAUACAUGUGUGUGUGUGUGUGUGGGGGGGGGGUAUGUUGCUACUGUCAAGUUGUAAAAAAAUAUCCAGUGUCAAAUGAAGUAUGCACUGCGAUUUUUUUUACCUAGAUAUCAGAUAUGUAGAGGAUUUCUAUGUAAACUUAAGGUUGUAAAAUUAGUUUAGGAUGAGAAAUUAAAACCUUUUCGUCCUCAGCUUUGUAACUUUGCAUGUAACAUUUGCAAAACAAUUACCAGCACAUAUUGUUUACCUUCACGUGGUCUAGCCUAAUAAAAUGCUAGUACUA